CCCCAAGAGACUCUCCAUAAAAGCGGGGAGAGUCUUCUUGAGUCAGGCUCAGAGAGGUCCUCCCCAUGGGCAACACCGGGAGCAGAGAUGACUUCGAGUGGGUCUACACGGAGCAGCCCCACACAAGCAGAAGGAAGGAGAUCCUAGCCAAGUACCCGGAGAUCAAGAAGCUGAUGGGCCCCGAUCCCAACAUGAAGUGGGUGGUGACCCUCAUGGUCCUGACUCAGAUUCUCGCCUGCUACCUGGUGAAGGGCUUGCCUUGGAAGUGGGUCUUCUUCUGGGCCUACGCCUUCGGGGGCUGCCUCAACCACUCGAUGACGCUGGCCAUCCACGACAUCGCCCACAACGUGCCUUUCGGCAACAAGAGGGCCAAGUGGAACCGCUUCUUUGGCAUGUUCGCCAACCUGCCCAUCGGCUUCCCCUAUGCCACCUCCUUCAAGAAGUACCACGUCGACCACCACCGCUUCCUGGCCAUGGAAGGGCUGGACGUCGACGUCCCCACCGAGUUUGAGGGGCACUUCUUCAACACCCCGCUGAGGAAGGUCCUCUGGCUCUUCCUGCAGCCUCUCUUCUACGUCCUGCGGCCGCUCUGCAUCAACCCCAAGCCUCUCUCCAAGAUGGAGGUCAUUAACUUGGCUGUCCAAAUGGGCUACAACCUCCUCAUAUACAGCUUAUGGGGAUCCAAGCCCCUGGUCUACAUGGUGGCCGGUUCCUUCUUGGCCAUGGGCCUCCACCCCUUCGCUGGGCACUUCAUCGCUGAGCAUUACAUGUAUGCCAAGGGUUACGACACUGUCUCCUACUACGGGCCCCUGAACUGGGUCACCUUCAACGUGGGUUACCACAUGGAACACCACGACUUCCCCAGCAUCCCAGGAAGCAGGUUGCCACUGGUGAGGAAAAUCGCCCCGGAGUAUUACGACAACCUUCCCUACCACAACUCCUGGAUCCUUGUGCUUUGGGAUUUUGUUUUCAAAAGGGAGCUGGGGCUCUUUUCCCGCGUGAAGAGGACCUACAAGGGGAACAAGACCUUAUGAAGCUGGAGGGAACUGGUGGCAUGCCUUCCUCCCUCCCACCCAUACUUCCAACACCUCCACUCCUCCCCCACCCUCUCAUGAAGGGGGAUGGGGGGGUGAUGAGUAGAGUCGCUGAAGGCUGUUCUCAAAAGCAAACUUAACAAAGAACAUCAGAAGAGCCUGCUGGAUCAGGCCAAUGGUCCAUCUACUCCACUAUUCCACCCUGUUCUCACAGCGGCCAAGCAGGUGCCUGUUCUGCCCCAUAAUUCCUGCAGUUUCCAACUACUGGUGUACAGAAAUAUUUCUGCCUCUGAUUGUGGAGGCAGAGCAUUGCGGCCAGUUGCCAUCGAUGGCCCUCUUCUGCCCCUCCUCUCCCUCCGUGAAUUUGUCUAAUCCUCUUUUAAACCCACCCAAGAUGGUGGCCACCACUGCCUCCUGUGGCAGGGAGUUCCGCGGUUUAACUCUGCAGUGCGUGAAGCGCUGCUUCCUUUCAUGUGUUCUGAAUCUUGCAACUGAAGCUUCGUUGGGUGUCCACGAGUUCCAAGUGCUGGGAGGAGUCAGAGAGAUUCCUAGACACAAUAAAUUGAUCUGAAACAUA